AGCAGGUUUGUUUUACAGUCGUUGGUUCCAAAAGUCGGCCCCCCUAACCUGGGUUAACUGUGGAACAGAAAUGACGAUUCUAUCAGUUCUACUCGUGUUCGUGCUCCGCAUGACGGUGGGAUUUGUGGAGGCACAACAGCCGUGCUGUACACCUCUGCAGUGGCAGGCGACACUGGGGGUCACAUACGGACAGGCCUUUAUUGACAGUGACACUGCCCAAGCGGUUAUGAACCUAACUGCAGACUUCGCCUUCGACUGGAACAAGAGCGUCACCGCGAUGUGGAUGACGGGAACUCAGUACAGCCCUCUCGUUCCCAAACCACAGCCCAUCCACACGGCCUACAUCUGGGACCACAAAACGGGAGUGAUGUGGACGGUGGACCUGACAGGACACAGCUGCCAGCAUAGCGAGCUGAGUAAGGGACCUGUAGCCAAGCUGUGUGUGGCAGAUGACGCCGUCCACGUUGCUACCGCACGUCUCGGUCCAAGUCAGCUGGUCUGCGAUAUUUUCAAGUUCAAGUGGCCGGUGGGAGACCCCGGGUUCCCGGCAGCCGCCACGGCCACGGUAACCAGGACAGACUGCACGCCGAUUAGACUGUCCCUAGUGGAUGGCAGCCCGACCAGCGGUGGGUUCUUCUUCGAUGCCCGGGUGUAUAACAUGAAGGAAGGGAUACACAACACAAGUCUCCUGUCUCCCCCCUCAUACUGCACACAUGGCAACGGUAACAAUAAGGUUAUAGCUACAGCGCACGGGCCACUUCCCACCUUGGCUAAGAUUUUUUCUAGUCUCUGAGUCUUUAAUGUCAAGUACAACCAAUGUGCCAUUUAAUGUUCUAGGAUGAUUACACACAUUUAGAGAAGAUGGUUGUGCUGUUGAAAACAACUGAUAUUGAUAUUUGGAGCAAUCUAAAACAUAUAUACUUGUAUUGUAAACAACAAAUAACAAUAAACGUUUACUGUCUGCU